AUGGAGAGCAAUAACAAGAAGCAUGUCAUCACCUCGAAUGCGAGCAAUCUCACAAGUGCCGUUUCCAGUGGGAGCGAUGCUACUCAAAUAGACAAGCUGUACAAGGAGGCCAAGGCAUUGAAGACCAAAGUUGGAGUAUUGGAAAAGGAAAAUGCUGCCCUGAAGAAAUCACUCUACGAACUAUCGACACGAUACAACUCACUGGCUCACAAAGCUCAACCAUUCACUCUCGACAUUUUGGACGCGAACGAGCCUGGGAUUGAUUCACUCCUGGAAGGCGAAGAAGCUACAACUGAAGUCUACAACAGCAGCUCUGUUCGUGACAAGAACAAGGACGGAAGGCACUUCCAUAUCAAGAAUGAACUCAAAGGCCACACUGGUGCUGUUUAUGCUGUACAGUAUUCUCCAUGUGGAAGAUUUAUCGCUUCUGGAUCAUUUGACAAGACCGUUCGAAUAUGGGACGGUCAGCAAAAGGAAUUGCACUCCCUAAAACGACAUACUCUGAACGUGUCUGAUGUGUCAUGGUCUCCAGACUCUACAGACCUAGUUUCGGGAGGUUAUGAUCAGACGUGUAAAACAUGGGAUGUGGAAAAUGGGAAAUUCGUCGAAUCGUUUGAUAGUGAAGGUUUUGUUCAGUGUGUCAUGUUUAACCCUCAAGAUAAGAACAUUUUCUUUAAUGGCACAUCGAGAAAUGUCUUGAAUAUGGUUGAUAGGCGGAAAGCUGAACAAGCCUUCGUCAUACGAAACGAUGCGAUGAUCAAUUCAUUAUACGUAUAUCGCAAUGGCCUUUACGUCAUAUCAGCAGACUCUUUAGGAUGCCUAAAGACUUGGGACAUUAGGACAGGAAAAUGUAUAGACACCAUCGUAAAUGAACCGUCAAAAAAACCCAUAUCUCAUGUUUCUUGGUGUCCUGUAUCAUCUACUGCAGGAGAAGAAGAUGACAGCCGGCAAGAACCACGUUACAUUGCUACCAAUAGUUACGACAAUGUGCUUCGAGUAUACGACCGUGGUUAUGAUGCUCCAAACUCACAACCGCAAGUGGCUCAUAGUCUGAAAGGAUACAAGAAUAAGAAUUGGCCCAUAAAGUCAUCCUUCUUCGUUGGGAACUCACAUAGACACCAUCCUUACGAUUGGAGAGUUGGAAGCCAUGACGAGAUGGUGUAUAACGCUACGGAAUCUGCGGAUCUAGAAGUUCCGGAAAAAGAGACACUCCUAGCUACAGGAAGUGCUGAUCCCUAUAUAUUUGUCUAUAGUAUAACAGAAUCAUCGGCCGAGCAAAUACAGAGGUUGGAGGGCCAUACAGAUCGUGUAUAUGCUGUCAGCUUCCAUCCUUUCGAGGCCAUAUUAGCUUCGUGUUCGGCUGACUUUUCUAUUCGAGUGUGGUAUUCCUCAAGAGGUGGUCGAAAGUCAAAACAGUAA